CCCAAUAGACAACUCACUGGAGAGUGCCGCGACGGACCGAGUUCGAUGGCGUUCCCUUGUCACCCGAUGUGCCAAUCGGCACGGGAGGAUCCAAGUCUAAAUUUCCAUGAGCCGAGUGAAAUAUCCAACUCUGUGAAUCGCUCUAAGGACUUGCCGUCACUGAGAACAACAUUAAAGAAGGAUUUAACACAAGCAGCAAGUUCACCUGACAUGAAGCCACAAAGCUGCUUUGAAGAGUUUACACCUAUCAUCACUGCUGAUGACUCUGAAGAUGGAAACUACCUGUUCCAGUGCUCCAGUGCAGGCCUGUACCAGUGCAGUGUGACCGGCCUGGUGUUUGACAUGAAGGCAGAAGGAGACGUGGUUUACAGGACUGUCCCUUGGAACAAGAGGCUGCUGGCCCAACACCACAAGAAGCCUGCAGGACCCCUGUUUGACAUCAAAUGUCAGCAGCAGUCUGUGCGUCAGCUUUAUCUCCCACACUGUGAGCUCAUCUCCACAGGUGGAGGUCAGUUCUUGAAGGUCGCACAUGUGAAGGAUGAAGGCAUUGAGUUCAUCCGCCCUCAUCAGAUAACAGAAACUCAUGUUGUUAUAAACAUCACAGGGUUUUCUGGUUUUGGUAUUGUGAAGGAUGAAGACUCUCCCGCUGACCCAAUCCAAGCGAUGAUUCUGCUCUUCUACAAACCUCCAGUUGAUCCUCAUCCCAGAUGUGAUCUCAACUUUGCCAAGAAGACUUCAAAGUGUCCCAUUAACACUUAA